AUGAAUGAAUUCGAUGUUUCCCUUCUGGAUCUCCCCAACGAGAUCCUGCUUAUGAUUUUGAAAAAGCUCAACAAUACCGAUGUACUUUAUUCGUUAUUAAAUAUCAAUCAUGGACGACUUGAAACGUUAGCACAAGAACACGUCUUCAGUGGUACACUUAAUUUCGUCUCGUUCGAUCCUACUUCUUCGAUGGAUCGUUUGAGACUCGAUCGCUUUCGUAUUCAUAUCUUGCCAAGCAUUUAUGAAAAUGUCAAAUAUUUGAUUCUUAAACCAGAUUUGAUAGAAUGUAUUUUGCUUGCUAGUCACUAUCCAAAUCUAACCAAGAUCAAACUUUGUGAUUUCAAUGAAGAAUGCGCUCUUCAUUAUUUUGGAGAUGAAUCACCUCUUCGAUAUAUUUUCCAGCACCAAAUUACAAAUCUCAUUCUUGUCAAUCAUGACAAGGAAAUGUUAAUAAAAUCAUUGAAAACUUAUAUUCUAAAUGUGUAUACACAGAUUUUGAAUAUUUUUCAAAAUUUAAAACAUUUGAGCAUUAUUGGAUCAUCCAACAUGUCCACUCCAUGCUUGGCACUGCGUGGUCUACCAUCAAAUACUUUCUGUUCAUCGAGUCUCACUUACUUAUCUAUCGAUGUGUACAGUUUGGACGAUUGUCUUUAUUUACUUGAUGGUAGACUCGAACAACUGGCUACACUUAUUGUUCGUAUAGGCUACAUGGAGAACUCAUCAUCAAUCGUUCACAACAUGGAUCAUUUACCCAAUCUAAAAUGUUUCUCUUUGACAUUUCAAAAUUGUAUUACUUUACUCAAUACCAACUUUUUACUUCUUUUUCGUCGAAUGUCAAAUUUGGAAAAUUUAACUUUAUAUCUUCGUAUAAAAGAUCAAGACAAAUUCGUUGAUGGUACUUUUCUUCAAAGUGAAAUUCUUGCCUACAUGCCACUACUUCAUUCAUUCACUUUCUAUAUUUGUACCUAUGUCACGACUAUUGAUUCGUUACAUCAUCCAACCAGUCAAGACGUCCAGCGAACAUUUACCAAUUUAGGACAAAAGCAGGUGGUCUGCAUUAUCAAUAACAUUAGUCCUGAAGACAUAGUAUGCUCUGUCUUCUCAACUCCUUUCACAUUUGAUUAUAUAGAAGAUUUUGGUCAUACGAUUCCAAAUAUUAUAUUUAAUCAUGUAACGUAUUUAAUGAUACACGACAUNAAAUAUCAAUCAUGGACGACUUGA